AUGCGUUUUACCAUCGCCCUCGCCCUGGGCGCCAGCCAGAUGGCCUCGGCACUCAGCAACCACACCACAUCCCCGACACCUACUGGUGAACCACGUCCGACACCUUCGCUGCCGACACGUGUUGGUCCAUUCAGGCUCUACGGCUGCGCCGUCUCUGCCGAUGGCUUCCCUGGCUUCCGCAAGGCCGCGAGCCGUGCUGAUAUGGAUCUUCAAAUCUGCGCCGCUACCUGCAAGACCUUUUACUUUGGCGUCUUCGACACCGACUGCUACUGCGGCGAUUCCAUCAGCCGUGACAACAUCUCGACGAAGCCCGAGAUGGCCCAGUGCAACAUCCGGUGCCCGGGCAUGUUCUCGGAAGCCUGCGGCGGCCGACCUCAUCUUCUCCAGCGCCGUGAGGUUGACCCCAGGAAUGCUGCCCUCUCCCUCUACGAGCGUGUGGAUGUCGAGCCACCCACCACGAUCCACACGACCCACACGAGCACCGGCGUCAUGACCGCCUGCCCGCCCGGCAAGACGGAUUGCCCUCCCCGCCACCACGGUGAUAUCACCAUCAACAUCCACAACACCAUCAUCUGCAUCGGUGACUUCUGCGCUGCCGAGAUCAACUGCCCCACUUGCAAGCGUCAGCGCGUCAUCUGCAAGGACGACGAUGACUGCCACACGGAGGAGUGCGAAGACGACGACAACCACUGGAGCCUCGUCAAGUGCACCGACGACCACUGCCGGUACCCCAAGUGCAAGGGUGACGAGUGCAAGCGCAAGAUUGUCUGCAAGGACGGAAAGUGCAAGAAGGACACAUGCCACGAGGACGAGUGCGAGAAGAAGUUUGUCUGCAAGGACGACGACUGCAAGCACGAGAAGUGCCACGGCGACGAGUGCUACAAGAAGUGGGUUUGCAAGAACGACGACUGCAAGGUCAAGCCCGUCUGCGACGACGAGUGCGUCGCCCCUCCUGCCAAGAAGAAGGCCGAGGUCAAGCCCGUUGCUCCCAAGGUCACGCAGGCCUACGACCACGACGUCGUCGUCGUUGCCGGAUCCGGCAAGGUCGCCGUCAUUUACAACAUCCUGGCGGCUGCUGUUGGCCUCGCUCUCAUGCUCUAA